CAUCACGCGGCAGCCACUUCCCUCGCGAAGGCCUGAGGCUGACGUUACUUCCGGGGCCUGUGCGGGCAGGGGAAGGCCGGAAGUGGCCCCAGUUCCGGCCCCGUGGGUGGCGGGGCGGAGUCCAGGAGGGGCCCCUCGGGGUUUCCACGGUUGGUUCUCUGGAGCGCCUGGGAGUUUAGGAGGCUGCCCUGAGCAGGCAGUGUGGCUGCCUAGCAAUGAUGGUACAGGACGUCCAGGUGGCCAUGGGUGCCAGGUGGUGGUGAGAGCAGUGGGGCAUGGCUAUAGUUCUGCAAGCUCUGCCCUGCUUGGCCCGAGCACCCUUGCGCCCACUCCUCCCGGGGCGCCCAAUGGUCCGGCUGGCCAGUGGCAUGGCCCUGGGAGAGCAGGCGCAGCACCUGUUUGAGAGCACCGUGGGUGCCGUGCUUCCAGGCCCCAUGCUGCACCGGGCACUGUCCUUGGAUCCCAGUAGUGGGCUGCUGAAGGUGCGGGACCGGAGCUUUCAGCUGCGGCAAAACCUCUACCUGGUGGGCUUUGGCAAGGCUGUGCUGGGCAUGGCAGCUGCAGCUGAAGAGCUACUGGGCCAGCAUCUCGUGCAGGGUGUGAUCAGCGUGCCCAAGGGGAUUCGUGCUGCCAUGGAGCGUGCUGGCAAGCAGGAGAUGCUGCUGAAGCCACACAGCCGUGUCCAGGUAUUUGAGGGUGCAGAGGACAACCUGCCAGACCGUGAUGCACUUCGGGCUGCACUGGCCAUCCGGCAGCUGGCUGAAGGCCUCACAGCUGACGAUCUACUGCUUGUACUCAUCUCAGGUGGGGGCUCAGCCUUGCUGCCCGCCCCUAUCCCACCCGUAACACUGGAGGAAAAGCAGACACUCACCAAGCUGCUGGCAGCCCGAGGAGCCAAUAUCCAGGAGCUGAACACCAUCCGGAAGGCCCUGUCCCAGCUCAAGGGUGGGGGGCUGGCUCAGGCCGCCUACCCUGCCCAGGUGGUGAGCCUGAUUCUGUCAGACGUGGUGGGGGACCCUGUGGAGGUGAUCGCCAGCGGCCCCACUGUGGCCAGUAUCCAUAAUGUGCAAGAUUGCCUGCACAUCCUCAAUCACUACGGCCUUCGUGCUGCCCUACCACGUUCUGUGAAGACGGUGCUGGCUCGGGCUGACUCUGACCCUCAUGGGCCACACACCUGUGGUCACGUGCUCAAUGUGAUCAUUGGCUCCAACACUCUGGCACUGGCUGAGGCCCAGCGGCAAGCUGAGGCACUGGGAUACCGGGCAUUGGUGCUGAGUGCCGCCAUACAGGGCGAUGUGAAAAGUGUGGCCCGGUUCUAUGGGUUGCUUGCCCAAGUGGCUGGAGCCCAGCUCACCCUGCCUGGGACUAGAGCCUCUGUGAAGGAGGAUGAGCAACUUCGUGAGUUGGCAGCUGAGCUCCAGCUCCCAGACCUGCAGCUGAAGGAGGCUCUGGAGACUGUGGCUGGGGCUAGGGGCCCUGUCUGCUUGCUGGCUGGUGGUGAGCCCACAGUACAAUUGCAGGGCUCCGGAAAGGGUGGCCGGAACCAGGAACUGGCUCUACGUGUCGGAGCAGAGCUGGGACAACAGCCGCUGGGGUCUGUAGAUGUGCUGUUUUUGAGUGGUGGCACCGAUGGGCAGGAUGGGCCUACAGAGGCAGCUGGGGCCUGGGUCGUGCCUGAGCUUGCCAGCCAGGCUGCCACUGAGGGCCUGGACGUGGCCACCUUCUUGUCCCACAAUGACUCACAUACCUUCUUCCGCUGCUUUCGUGGUGGAGCACACCUGCUGCACACAGGGCUCACUGGCACCAAUGUCAUGGACGUUCACUUCCUAUUCCUGCGGCUACGGUGAUGGCACAGGUCAUGUUUUAGGAGGCACAGAGGUGACCUAUGGGGCAGCAUCCUGGGGCAGAACAGGGUUGGUCUGCAAGACCUCACUAGGCUUUAGGGCCCCUUCUCUCCUUGGCCUGGUUGUUUGGUUGACCCUCACCCUUCAUACCCAGGGCUUCUGCUCUGUGUUCAUUCCCCCCAACCAGACUGGCAGAUGGGAGUUAUCUUCUCUCCCUACUUUCUGUCAUGACAGCAGGUACCCUUGAGGGCUAGGAUGAGCACCUUCGCUGGUUUGCUAUUCCUGGUCUCCCUCCACACCGGGCAGCCCCUCUGCUGAGCUCUUGAGUGUUUUUUCUGUGGGGUGACGUAAGAAGGACUGCAAAUAAAAAGAACCACACUCUGG